AUGGACAGUAUCCUCAAUUUACCAUCCUUUCAUGGCAUCAAGGUCGACGAUAUCAUUCGGUUCGAUAAGCAUGAUGCAACAGUCGCAGAGAACCGACCCUCAGACACAAAGAGUCCUGGUGUCUUACUCGUGGCCAAAGUAUGCGACGCCCUCGCCAAGAUGGGUUACGAUGAUGCCGAUAUCGUCAAAGUCGGCAGUUUGGUAUCGGAAAAUCUAAUGUCUAACGAGACCUCAUCCUCACCAACAAUGUACGACGAGAGUACAUCAUUAGAUGAAGGCGAGGAUGACACAACUAGUAAGGCCGAGAGGGACACACCAGCCAGUCAGGUCGGACGUUCACUUCAGAACCUCCUCGACCAAACCCUCCCGCGAUCGCGUACCGUCCACAUCAACUCAAAUGAACCGGUCGUGUUGAUCAACCAUGCAACUCGAAUGAGUUCAGAAGUGCUCGACCAGAUUGCCAACGAAACCAUUACCCAAUUACAGAAUAAAUGGAACGUUUGGCCGGUUCGUGCAUACGCAGGUCCAUUCAUGCCAAUCGCUUCCGAUGACUUUUCAAUUACCCUACUGAACGUGGUCAACACCAACAUUGGCGGACCAAACAUGGUGGAGCUUUUCGACAUGCCAUGUGAUGGACCCGAGUGGUCUCGAUGGAUGAGGAAGGACGUCUGGAGAGACCGUCAAUUUUUGUACCGCGAGAAGCGAGAUGGCCCUGGUCUGUCGCAAGAUUUCGAAGAUGAUGGGUCUGAACACUCCAUUACAAGUAAUGGUGGUGACGACGAAUCGUUCAAAUCCGAUACCUCGGUGGUGCUUUCACGAACACCAUCGCUCCAGGAAGAGGAUACAGGUCAUCAGGAACAAGGCGUUGUACCCGCUCUACCUCCGAGCCCUCAACUCGAAGGCGAGCCGAUGUCCGAAGAAGACAACACUUUGCCCGAGGGGACAGAAAUCCACAUUGAACAUCCAACCUGGCAUCGACAAGAUGACAGCACGUCACUGCUGGAUCUCAUCAGGUCUCAAGCAGCAACGCUUUCGCCAUUUGAUAAGGACACUCGAGAUCCUGGACUUCGGGAAGAAGCAGACGAUGCUGGUGAACCUGCUGUGGAACAAACAUCCAGCGAUGGAGGCGACGAUUUCGUUGUUGUGUAG